AUGUUUGCGAUCUCAACGGCGCAUCUUACCCUCAGUAUGAUUCUGUAUCUCAUGCAGUGGCCUUACCUUUGUGCCACUGUCUUUCCGGAAACGCCUCUUGCAAGAUUAUACCGUAUCAGAGGGGCCAUAGCUGUGUUGGCCCGUGCGCAAUACCUCAUCAGCGAUGUCGUCGUUGUGUGGCGUGCGUGGGCCGUAUGGUACGACAAUCGCUGGGUUCGUGGGUCCCUUCUGUUCUCUCUUUCCGGUACCGCAGUGACGUCCAUAUUCCUCGCCGUCCUCAAUGUUCUUUCCAAUAAAUCCCACGGCACAUACCAGUACCCAGCUCUCGAGCAGAAUCUGCUCGGCACGUUCGGACUCCUCUUCACCAACUUCAGUGCCACCAUCGCCAUCGCGGUGAAGGCUUGGCACGUCAGCUUCCUUGUCACGAUGGCGCUCAACGGUCUCAUCUUUGAUUUGCCAGGCUUCAUCGACGAUCCGUCAAACAGUUUCUCAAUCGCGAGUCUGGAGCAGUCUACUGUCUCUACUGGGUACGAAGAGCGCGCACGUUUGCCGGAACGCUAUGUUGAUCGGAAUCCACAGGUUCUAAAUUUCAUCAGCGACUUUGGGAAGUUUGGCGACUUUGAAUUCGGGUGGCCACAACCCAAUGUAUCGGGGAUUUAUCCAACCCUGAUCAUACUCCUUGUGGCCCUUCAACGCUCCACUCCAGAUACCGUAUUCACGGAAAUGUCCGAAUACCAGAUGACUCUUGAGCCCAUGCGCUUCAAGGAAGCCUCUCUCACUGGCAAGAGUCGGAAGGGACCCCGAAAUACUUACGACAGUGAGCUCUUCACCGACACCAACACCGGUGAAAGUUCUGCUCGCAGCGGCGAUUUUGAACGCGGAGUGGUCUAA